AUGCUGACAGACCAGAUCCCCCUCUAUCUAAAUACAUUCAACUUGGCAAAAACGCCGCUUGAUCCUGUGGAGUACCUGCUGAGCAUUGUCCCCACACUCCCCAAAGAACCAGCACAUCUCUAUGUGUUUGGAUUCCAGGAGUUCUGCACAGUCAUGGACGGGUGUUUUGAAGAAACGGCCCGUCUGUUGCUUAUCAAGGCUAAUGAGGUUGCCAUUGAGGCUCUCAAGACGGGAUACGGCUAUGGUCCUGACGCGCUAAGCUUCACUACCAUUGCUUUUCAGCAUGUCGGUGCGAUCGGCCUAUUUGCUAUAACGCCGUAUCCAUCCAAGUUUAGGGAUUGCAAGACGGCUACGGCAAGUUGCGGCAACGGCGGCUCGUCUUUAAAAGGCGGUGUUGGUAUCAGAGUCAAGUACGUUUACGAGGAGUCAAAGCUGACGGAAUUGACCUUCACUAAUGCUCAUCUUGGGGCUUUUGAAGGGGAGGUCUACUACCAGCGGAGAAUUCGAAACAUUUGGGCCAUCCAGCGGGCUCUAGACUUUGGAGAUGGCUACAGCUUUUUGAAGCCCGGAUCACAUGCCUUCUUCAUGGGCGAUUUGAAUUUCAGAACUCGAAAAGACCCCAAGGACGAGGUACGCAAGCAAGAGGUGUCUCAACCGUUCAAUUACACUACUAGUCGCCUUCCCGAAGCGGAAGUGGAGCUGUUGGUGCUCAAAUACGAUGAACUUACUCAGGGCAAAGCAAACGGCGAUUUGUUUUCCGGUUUCACCGAGGGUUGCAUUACAUUUAAACCUACUUACAAGUACCAUCCAGGCAUGGCUAUCUACAACCAACACCGCUGCCCUCUGUGGUGUGACCGCAUUUUUUAUCAAUCUACAUACCGCAAAGAGCAGCCCAACAUCCUCGCCUACGAUAGCAUUGAUGAGUACUUGAGGUCCGACCAUCGUCCCGUGUACUUGCUGAUAACCAUUCCAAGGGAGGCACCCGAAAGCAUAAUCGGCCACAAUGGCAACUUGGUCAUACUUCCCAGUAACAUACCCAAUCGUCAUUUGUCUCACAACGCUCGCAAGGAUAUGAGAAUUGCAGAGGAGGAAGACAUCGUCAGCGGACCAACCAUGAUGUACAUGAAUGGCUGA